AUGGCGCCCAAUUUCAAGUCCCGACUGAACCUGCGCCAAGGCCUUGAUCGAGACGUCUACCAGAUUAUAAAAAAAUUGGAAGAGGCCAACGACGGCAAGCCAUUCAAAACCAUCACCGCGGCAUACGAUGCCAUCAAACGAUCCAAUUCGAGCCUCUCCAGGCAGAAGAAGCGUCCCCUCGAAGACUCCAUUGAUCGGGUACUGCAGUUCCGCAAAGAAGAACUCGAGGAUUCGGACGACUCAGAGGCAGCUAUAGAAGAGGCCGAGUCGAAAAAAGUAGACGACGAUCGAUUUCUACUCAACCGACAGCUGACAAAACACUGGCAAGUCGACCCUAUACCUCUGGGCACCACCGAGCAGCCUGCAGCCAAGAAGCGACGUAUCCAGACCGAGGGCGACGAGAGAGACGGCACAGUAAGUGGCCCAGAUACAGGUACCGAGACAGCAAUCAAUGGCGACGCACCGAAAGAGGCACCAAAGGCCGAGAGACAGGACAAGACGGUACAGAAGAAGUCGCCCAAAUCUACCCGCUUCAAAGUUGAGCAAUUAGAAGACCCGUUACCACUGGGAGGUGUUGGCGAGAUGCACCGCCAUCUUUUGCGCCAAACACGCUAUCUGCUCAAGUGCCCAGAACUCUACCAAGGAAAUGGUUGGAGGAGAGUACCUGGAAUGCUCUUGUUCGGUCCUCCGGGAACUGGCAAAAGGUCACUUAUCCGUACCGUGGCAGCGAACCUCGAAGUGCCUGUAAUAACUCUCAAUGGCUGCUUUGAGGACCCUGAGCGCGUAGAGAAGAGUCUGGCCGAGGCUUUCGAUACGGCCAUCGGGCUGGCCCCGAGUAUCGUUCUCAUCGAGGAUCUUGACUGGCACAUACCUAACCCGGGAAGCUCUAAUCACAACGAGCACGGCCGCAAGAUGCUCAACCAGUUCGUACGGCAGAUGCAAAGACUUCAACAAGAGCAGGCCAACGUUUUGGCAAUGGCAACAACAUCAAGGCUGACGGAUGUCGACCCCGUUGCGCUUGAAGCCGGCCUAUUCGAAAGGACAAUUCAAAUGAGGGUACCAGACCUGGAUGCUCGGCAUGAUAUUCUCAAGGUGGUGACACGGGAGAAGAUACUAUCCGACAACUUAGACCUCGGAGAGGUAGCAAAGAUGACGCACGGUUUCGUCGGCGCAGACAUUAUUAUUGUCACAACAUUGGCGGAACAAGCAGCACAGGAGCGAAUUCUCAAUACAGAGGACCCCGAUGGACGGCAGCUCGAGAUACUUACUCGACCUCCCCACAGAGAUCAAAUGGAUGUAUCAGACAUCUCAUUAGAUCUAAGACAGCCCGCAUUUACGACGAUACCCACAGAGCCGUUGACACUCGAUGACUUCCGGCUUGCCAUCAAGGGCUUCACCCCAUCUCUCCGGAGAGAAGGCUUCACCGUGAUCCCAAGUGUAACCUGGGAUCAGGUCGGCGCUCUGGAAAAGGUGCGCGAGCAGCUACACAUGUCCAUCAUUGGACCCAUCAAGAACCCAGAGCUGUACCAGGAAUUUGGUCUCAGACGUCCUGCCGGCGCACUCCUUUGGGGACCCCCCGGAUGCGGCAAAACUCUCGUCGCCCAGGCCGUUGCCAACGAGGCACAGGCUUCCUUCAUCCUCAUCAACGGGCCCGAGCUGCUGAACAAGUACGUCGGUGAGUCCGAACGGGCUGUCCGUGAGCUCUUCCAGCGAGCCCGUUCCUCCACGCCCUGCAUCCUCUUCUUCGACGAAAUCGACUCGCUCGUGCCCCGACGAGACAACGCCUCCACAGAUGCCGGCGUCCGAGUCGUCAACGCCCUUCUCACGGAGCUCGACGGCGCCCAGGAUCGUUCAGGCAUCUACGUCAUGGGCACAACCAACAGACCAGACAUGAUCGACGCAGCGAUGCUCCGCCCGGGACGUCUCAGCGUGCGACUCUUUGUCGAUCUCCCCACCCCCGAGGAGCGCGUCGACAUUCUUCGGGCCAUCUACAAGACGGCCCACGCCAACGCCUCCGAGGCCGAGCUCGCGAGGCUGCCGGCCGUCGCCCUGGACCCCCGGUGCAAGGACUUUAGCGGCGCGGAUCUCGGCGGCCUGCACAUCAAGGCCGCCGAGGCCGCGCUGAGGAAGUUUAUGCUGGGCAAGAAGUCGGCGCGGGAGAUUGACCAGGAGGACUGGGAGCAUGCGCUGGAGAAUACGCGGUGUAGCGUGCUUAACCCAGACUCGUACAGGAAGCUGGAUAGGAAGCUGGGAAAGGGGGAGUAA